AUGAAUAAGAUCCUUUUAUCAAACCCAAUCCCAGAUAUCAGAUAUGAGCUCAGAGUCAAGAUCCAAAGGUCUACGUGUCGAGUCAGGAACCAGCUCGGCCCGCCAUCAGAAAGGAAAGCCUGUGGCCAGACUAGAGGAAGUCAAAGGAAGGUUUUGGCCUGUACCUGCAGGAAAAGAAGGAAGCGAUUGCAACCACAGAAAGAAACUGAGAGAAUUUACACCAAAAGGAGAGUUUACUCUCCCAAGGGACCUGUGCCAAGAGUUAAAAAUGUGAUAGCCGAAGAUCUGCAACACAUCGGCGCCUAUCAAGAGCUCAACACUGAGGAGCAAGUGCAAGCUUUCAUCGAUCCGAAGAAGUGCGUUAACUGCGGGAAGUGUUACAUGACCUGUAAUGACGCUGGAUACCAGGCCAUUGUGUCUGACCCCGAGACUCAUCUCCCCAUGAUUCAGGACAGCUGCAGCGACUGUACUCUGUGCCUCAGCGUCUGCCCCAUCAUCGACUGCAUCAAGAUGGUUACCAGGACAACCCCUUAUGUGCCAAAGCAAGGCCUCCUUCAAGCCGUGGAGCCCGUGUGCUGACAGAAAACCCCAGACAAAACAAAAAGUCUACAUCACAGCACUGAAUUUACUCUGUAAUUGCAGUGUGAAGAAUUAACUUUGUUGUGGGGUGGGGGGGACAAAUAAUUAGAUUGAAAAAAAAAUAAUUGCCUUAUUUUCAGGAGCCAAUUAUCCAGAAAUAAUCUUAGGGGGUGUUAUUUUGAAACAAUAGCGAGGCGAUCUGUCGAGGUGAAGUUUCUGCCUCUCAUUCUCUGAGGGCUGAUGGAAAUGAAUCUGGCUGUUUAUGCAGAUGUGGGAAGACCACGCGUAUCCUUUAACAAGAGCCACAAUGAUGGAUCGUCCACUACAUCCAGAACAGAAUGCAAUCACAUAUACAAGAGCUGCUGAUGGGAAAUGAGGAAAUGAAUGGAUUUUAAUUGAAUGGUGGAUGGUUGGGCUCCGAAUCACACUCGAUGUUGUUUUCCAUAACGCAUGAUGAUUAGAAAAGGUUUGUUUGAUGUUAUACAUGCUAUAUUGUAUGCAAAAAGCCAGUAUACUUCUACAACUAAACCUGAAGUAGUAGUUACCUCAUUGACAUGGAUUUAAUGUAUUUCCCUCAAAGCCUUAAUAACAAAUGGUUGAUUUUGAUUGCAUUAGCCAUCUGGACAGGGUCAUUUAGAGAGCCGGUCUACCUCGGUAAUAUGCUGAACAUUUCGAGUAAAGGUCAUCUAUGACUAUUUCCAGACAUUAGAGAUGAAGACUAGCUGUUAUUCAUCUUGGACCCAAAAGGUCAAGUCUGACCACCUCUAUCUCUACAAAUACACGGCCCAUCCGUACCGCACAUACAAGCCCCUAGCUUGCUCUCUAUGAAGCAGACGAUCAAACACAGUGAUGGCCGUGCACUUGUCCUUAACAAUGAUGAAUGAAUCACAUGAAGAAAUGUCUUGGUCAUAUCUCAGCCCCAAAACAUACAAAAUCGUAGCCCAUUACAUAAGAAAAUGAUUAUUAAUUUUGAAAAUUCUCAUUACUGUAAUGUGGAAAAUCAGUAACUGUCUUCUUGUGUGCAUACAUUUUAUUUAUUUAUUUUUUUCAUAUGAAAGUUAUGAGAAAUGUGCUUAACUGACAAAAAUUAAACAAAUAAAUAAAUACAGAAUUACAAAUAUUUCAGGUUAUACUUUACAUCCCUCAGGUCAUAAUUUACCUCGAAUAUGUAUUAUAGUUUAUUAAAAGUAGCAUUAAUUAAAUAAACAUACAAUUAAAUGGUAAAAACAACAAAUACAACCAAUAUUUACAAAUAAUAUUUAAAAU